GAGCAUUUCACUCCAUCAUUGGGGAGGGAGAAGUAGAAAAUUCUCUCUCUCGAUUCGAAGAAGCAGGAGCCCUAGUUUCUCUGCGAGGAAGAACUAUUGAUUCUAUAUAUUAGGUAAGAGUUAGUGAAAUGGUUGAUGUGGCUGAUAAAUUGGCGUGUUUUCAAGCGAUUACGGGGCUUGAGGAUCCCGAUUUGUGCACAGAGAUUCUCCAGGCUCAUGAUUGGGACUUGCAACUUGCGAUCUCAUCCUUUUCCUCCGGGAACUCGCCGGAGUACCCGUCCCUCGCGGGUACUAGUGGCGGAGACGCUUCGACUACUGUACAAUCGAAUUCAGAAUUCCGAGAUGUUGUAGAACGACCGGAACCGACAGCUGCAGGACCUGGUUUGGUAUGGAAACUGGUUACCUUACCGAUUUCCGUUGUUUCUGGAAGUUUAGGGUUGAUUUCUGGGGCGAUUGGGCUCGGUUUGUGGGCGGCAGGAGGUGUUCUGUCGUACUCGUUCGGAAUGAUCGGCCUGGGCUCUAACUCAGCGCGAAAUGGUGAGUCGUCUGCUCGAUUAGUAUCAGUUUCUGCUGCGGCAACAGAGGCCAUGGAUUUCGUAGCCGACUUCGAGAGGGAGUAUGGUAGUAGGAGACCGAAUUUUGUUAGCGAGGGUUUCAUGGACGCGCUUCAGCGGUCUAGGAACUCAUUCAAACUGUUGUUUGUGUACUUGCAUUCGCCAGAUCAUCCGGACACGCCGGUCUUCUGCGAGAGGACGCUGUGCUCGGAGAUGUUGUCGGCAUUUGUGAACGAGAAUUUUGUGGCUUGGGGAGGUAACAUACGCGCCAGCGAGGGGUUCAAGAUGAGUAAUAGCUUGAAGGCUUCUCGAUUCCCCUUUUAUGCCGUGGUUAUGCCGUCCACAAACCAGAGGAUUGCUUUGCUUCAGCAGGGUGAAGGACCAAAAUCUCCUGAAGACAUGCUUACCAUGCUACAGAAGGUCCUUGAAGAAAGUGCCCCUGUUCUAGUUGCUGCUAGGCUUGAUACGGAAGAAAGAAGAAACAACAUACGUCUGAGGGAGGAGCAAGAUGCUGCUUACAGGGCAGCACUUGAAGCUGAUCAGGCUAGGGAACGCCAAAGGAGAGAAGAGCAGGAACGGCUGGAAAGGGAAGCUGCUGAGGCUGAGAGAAAGCGUAUGGAGGAAGAGGAGGCUCGUGAAAGAGCAGAACAUGAGGCUGCAGAAAGAGAGGCUGCACUAGUUAAAAUGCGGGAGGAUAAAGCCCUUUCACUUGGUGCUGAACCUGAAAAAGGACCUAAUGUUACACAAGUUUUGGUACGCUUCCCAACUGGAGAACGCAAAGAGAGGAGGUUCCAUAGCAGUACAACAAUCCAAACUCUCUACGACUAUGUUGAUUCCUUGGGUUGCCUAGAUGCCGAGAAUUACAGCCUUGUAUCCAACUUUCCUCGGGUUGUAUAUGGUCGUGAGAAACUUACUUUGUCUCUGAAAGAAGCAGGAUUGCAUCCUCAGGCCAGCCUUUUUGUGGAGAUAAACUAGUGAAUAAGUUUAAAGCAACAUGUUCAAGAAUAGCAUGUUUCAUGUGUUUUUGUUCCAUGUUAAUUGGCAAUGGUCCGAUGGGACAAAACGGAUCUCUUAAUCUAUAUCUGGAUAUCCGCUCUCUCUUUAAUGCAGAUUCAGCCUCUACUCAUACAAUCAGAAGUUGCCAAGUCGACUUGGUCAUUGAAAUAAUGAAUAAUUUGAAUACUGAUUUCGCAUACAUUAAUUUGAAAAAUGUUUAUGUCAGCUUAUUAUUAGUUGUAAGAAACUAAGAAUAGAUUGAUUAGUAAGUAAUUCCAGAUUGCUUUGUUCUA